AUGCAGGGGAAUAAGAAACAUACAGAAGGACACAGUGACUCCUCAAGUAUUGGGAGUCUCCUGGAUGACGCAGACAGAGAAGUGAGCAGCCUCACAGCUCGGGCUUUCAAGAGUUUGUGUGUAGCAGAACUCGAAGACCCUUACAAUGAGCCAGAACUUUCCAUUUCACCUGACUUUGCCCUCCAGUUGUCUGCUAAAUUUCACUCAGGGACGUUAAACCAUGACAUCAAGAAAAGCAAUGUCUGUGACAAGUUAACAGCAAGAAACAAUGAACAUACAAUAUGGGCUUCUACAUUCCAGCAGUUACCUAAGUGUGCUUCGGAGGAGAAGAGGAUUGCUAAAAACAACACCUUUGCCAUGGAAAGGAAAUUGAGCUUGCCAGUCCCUGGUUCAAGGAACAAUAAGCAUGUUUCAAAAGUGUCCUCAUUGAUUAAGACGUUUGACAAGACUGCAGACCAAGGGUCAGGAAGUUCUCUGAUAACAAAUAAGCAGCCCAUUAAGAAUAGCUUUCAAAAAUACAAAAUAAAUCAGGGCAAUGAUGCUGCCUCCUGGGAUGAUACAGACAUUUUAAGCAUCCACAAGGAACUUUCUGAAUUUUCUGAGGCUAGUCAAGGUAGCCACUGCCUCAGUGGCAAACAUGAGCCACAGAGAAGACCUAAUAAAAUAGACCUGAGUUAUGGGGACUCUGAUGGUUAUUAUCCUGUGCUGAUUGAGAUGUCAAAAGUAGCCAAGUCAAAUUUUUCCCAUUCUUCUAAGAAGGCUUUAAAAAACAGAAACUUGAAAGUUAGUGAGCCAGCAAAAAAAGGUAGUUUUCUUCACAGUGAGAAUAGUGCUUUUGAAUCAUGGAAUGUUCAUCAUAAAAAAAUGACAGAAAAAGAGGAAUUUGUUGACAUAAAAAUGGAAAAGGAAGGUCAUGCAUACCUGGAAGAAUCACCAUUUGUUAAAGGAUCACACACAGGUGAACACAAAUUGUCACCUGCCACGACCACUGUUGCUAAGAAGAAAGAGAAAGAUUUUCAGAUGAAACCAACUCUACAAGAAGCUUCUUUCUCUCUCCGAGUCGUCCCUCAGGGUCCCCAUCCUUUAGAAACCAAAUUCCCUGUUGUUUUCCCUCCCACCCCUCCCCCGAGGAACCAUGUACCCCAGGGUCCCCCUCGGCCACCCCCUGCCCCGCCAGCUCCUCCUCUCCCACCCCCGUGCCAUCCCCCAGCCCCCCCUAGCCCUGAAGCCCCUCCUGUGCCACCACCCCCAGUGCCAGCUCGACUGUCCCCCACUGCCCUGUCCCGAGGCUCUGUGUCACCCCAGUCUGUGUCCCACAGCAUGGUUUCACCCUCACUCGGGUUUGAGACACCCAGUCCUCCUCCACCGAAACCCCAGGGCAUCUCAGCUGAGGAGGAACGCCAGAGCCCCCGGCUGGGCAGUGCCUGCCCACCCUGGAGGAGACACAGGGCUGCAGAAAGGGCAGCAGGGAGGAGACAGGCUGCAAAGGAGAAGGUCACAGACAGCCACAGGACCUCAUUGUCUGAAAAGGCGACUGGUGCUGACCCUGGUCUGCGUGUGUCUCCUCUGGCUAAACAGGCAAACUCCCCUGGAUCCAUCAGCCCCUCUUUCAACAUCAGCGAGCUCCUAACACCUGUCAUACCCCCAAAACAGGACAUGGACACUGCUGAAAGGGAGCUGAUCCCACUGACACCUCCUCCCAUGGAGAGCAUGGCCUCAAGAGACCCUGAGGAGAGCACCGUGGAUGAUUACAGAUCCUGGGAUAAUUGCAGGCUGACGGCAUCGAGUCUGUUAUUUAACUUAAAGGAUGUGCGCAAACGUGUUAAAAGCAUUUAUACCCCUUCUCCCCUCUUAAGGGCCUUGGAGGAGAAAAAUAAAACCAGGGAAAAUAUGCAGGAGAGUACCAAAAUGGAUGCCUCAUUCUCAACUUCACAUGACAAAAGUGAGAAAAAUAUUACAGAGAAAGAUGAAUUGAGUGAUAUAGCUUAUGUAUUGUCUAGCAGUGUUCAUGAAAAUGACAAUAAAACUGAUUUAACUGGACACUUCAGAGGCAAUUAUCUGACUUUGAGAUCACCCCAGACAACAGAAGACCUUCCAUUUUACCAAACUGGAGACAGCAUGAAGCAAGACAAUUCAAAACACCAAGAUCUGGUUAAAAACACAGAGGAUGAUGAAAAUUUCCUCUCGUUCAGACAUGAAUCAAAUGAACCUGACUUAGGAAAACAUCAGCAGUACACAGCAAAGAGACCAUUCAGUAGAGGCAAUGUAGAUACAAAAGCUGGGCAUCCCAUGCAAAAUCACAAUGUGCAGGGUGAGGAAAAUGAAAGACAAGCUGCUAUUCAGAAUGAAAAUUUUGCCUUCAAAACACUCCUAAAGCAACUCUCACCAGAAGAAGAUGAGCCUUACAGUGGCGCCCAAACCACCAUUGUGGUACCUGGCCAUGAAGCACGAGGCAAAAGAAGCACUAGUUCCUCAGAGCAAUCCUUUGUCUCCACAGUGGAGCAGCCACUUCAGGAAGAGCCAUUUCUGCCAGUGCCCCUAAUGGAGCAGACGUGCCUCCAAGAGAGCCAGAGGACUGACAGUGAAACGGGUUCAGGAAGUAAGAAAAGACACAAGGAGAAAGGGAAAGAGGUUGGGGAAGAUGAACUGCAAUAUUAUGCUUGUAUCAGCCCUGGUACUGGUGCAGCAGAGAAGAGGGAGGGAAGUGUUACUGGGAAUGAACAGAGGAGCCUGAUGAAAGAGAAGAUAGGGAGAGAGAAAAGGGAAGAGGCUGACAGCACAAAUUCUGCAUCUGACAGUAUUAGAGACAUGUCCAUCCCCAGGUCUGAGGAACCACAAACACCAUCAUCUUCAAGCUCAACCAAACCCAGUCUGUUUAUGAUUAAAGAUAACACAUUCAGGUCCCCUCAGGUGAUAAGGGCUGUCAAGCUGCCCCUGCUCCGGUCAUUCUCCCUGGAUGACUCAGUGAGCAGCAGCUAUAGGGAAAUGGAACGUAAGUUUAUGUCCCCAGCAGUGUACAGCAAGUGGCACCGAAACAUGUUGCACGCCCAGGAGGGGGGCUGGUGGGCAUCGAGACACAGAGGGCAGCAGAACGUGACAGAUGGAGCAACUGACAGAGAAAAAGAAGCCAGUGAGUCUGGAUCUACUUCAGUAACAGUGGAUCCCACUCUUCUGGAAAAUACAGAGAGCUUUUCAUUUGGAAAACUGACGGAAGAAGAUGAAAAGAUUUAUGUGUUGUUAAAUAAAUUUGGGAAAAUGGAUGAGGAAAGUGUCUGUAGAAGUGAAAAGAAGCCUACAAAGGCAAGACACAGCUUAGAACAGCCAAUUACAGGCCUGGAAAAUGACCAAGCUCAAAACAACAGCUAUCCUGCAGAAAGAAAGAAAAAUUACUUUAAGAAUCAUCAUUUAUCUAACCGCAAAGGGGGCUCUUGCGCAAAAAAAAUAAUCACUAGGCAGACAAUUUCCCCUGUGACUGGCUCCAUGUUAGAGGACCACACAUGUUCUUCUGUAUCCAAUGACACUUUAGAGGAUAUCCUGCAUCCAGAAGAUGCACCUUUGUUAGACAAUCUUUCACGCCCUGCUGUCAGAAGCCCCAGGUCAGGAAACACAAUGCACUCUCUUGCUGCCAGUUCAUUGUCAGAUAAACCCACUAUUUCUGGCCUUAGAGAGACAGGGGAUGUUACAAAUCCUGCCUUGUUGAACAUGGCACUAGAGAGACAAGCUUAUAUGCCUGCAGAAGAGAUAAUCAAUUCGGCACAGAGGAGUCUGCUUUUGGAUGUCGCAGGGGAAGAUGGGAGACUGGAGCCCAGGGGACUUGGCGGGAGACCAGCAGGCAAGCCACCCACUGUGCCACCAAAAACAGAAAAGGCUCUGCGUCGGGCUAAAAAGCUGGCAAACAAGAGGAAAAAGGUGCAAGAGCAGCAGAAAAACCACCAGACUGAGCAUGCAUAUGCUGUAGGGAGAAGGCCUACUCAUUCUGGAGAGACAGCAGCAUCUGCUUCACCCUUAGUAUAUUCUCCCCUUCAUCCUCCCCUUCACUCAACUUUUACUCCCACAGAAACCACUCCUGGGAAAUCUAGGCUUGCACCAGCAGCAAACUCUUCACCCUCUUCAACCCAGCGGAAAUUGCUCCAGGACCCUGACUCUGGUCAAUACUAUGUAAUUGAUUUACCAGCUGAAGUGAAUGUAAAGACAUUUUAUGACCCAGAAACAGGCAAAUAUGUUCAAGUCUCAGUCCCUUCCUUGGAACAGAACUUACACCAGUCCACCUCUUCAGAAAUGAAGAAUUCUCCCUAUGCCUCCUACCCUAGAGUGCUGCCUUUACCAGCCUCAUCAGUAGCUGUGCUGAAAUCACCUUCUCAGCUCUCUGAGCCUGCCUGGUCAGUGCCUGCUGCACCAGAACGAGCUGAACUGCCUGAAGAUGGCCUGCAGGACUACAGAUACUCUGAGUCUGUGGAUACUGAACCAGCCUCCUACUCCUACCAUCAAGAUGCUGGAGAAACUCAAGUUCACUUAGGCAAGGAUGUGAGCCCAACCCAAAGCACUAGCAUUGUCACCCUCACCAAUUUAGAUGAUUUUGCUGCUGAAGGAGUAUCUUGAAAACUGAAGUAACAGAACAUGCCAGCUAGUGUUUUUAAGAACUGUUUGGACAGACACAUGCACACAAAAGCACAUGCAGAUUUGAUAUUUGUGCAACACUUUGUCUGAAUCUCAUUGUGGUUUGGGUGGGAAAGGAAAAGGAAGCUGUUCAUGUUGAAAGAUGCAAAGUAAUGACCACUCUGAAGGAAAGAGAAAUUGAGUAAGCACCAAACUAUCAGUGAGAUGAAGGGGCAAUGCCAGCUAGACAAAUACAUUUGACAAUGUAAAGCCACUGCUUGCUGCUGCUGCUGCUUUGUCAUUAAGAAGGCUGGGAUAGCCAAAGCAAGUGUCCUGUUGCCCAGAUGUGUUGCAUGAUACAUGACACUAAAUAAAAUCUGUGAGA